GACUAAAGCUUAAAUUAAGAAUGAGAUGUCGUUCUCUUGAUAAUCUCGUUGCGUUAUUUAUUACUCGAAAAUUUCCAGCUAGUUAUUUAGAGAAGUGAUAUUGGCCGUUUUCGGAUUGGACAACGCUGGAAAGACAACGUUUAUUAAAGCGCUGAGAGGAGAAUCUGCUCGUUCGCAGAUGCCUACGGUCGGCUUUUCUUACUACCAGUUACGCCUGAACAACUACAAUGUGGCGAUCUAUGACCUCGGGGGCAGAUCCAGCAUCCGCAACAUCUGGAAAAACUACUACGCCGAAGUAUGUUUUUUGCAUUUUGGAACUUGCAGUAGUAUGGCUUGCCCGGAGGAAUACCCGAUAAUAAAGUGCAGGACGGGCAGAGCGAGUCGCACCGUGAAAAACCGCCUUUCUUGGCUCUUACAACAGAUUGAUGAAAAUUACGACACGUUGAAAGAAAAAGUCGAAAACGACUCCCGGGUUCACAACAUCGAGUUGGAAAUGGAAUGCAAACUACGGCUUGAAAGAAUACGAAAGCAGCGCGAAAUUGACGCGUAAGG